AUGAAAACCCCAGUCCCCAUGCCAACAGCUCGCCAAGCGGAGUUGCAUGAUCGGUACAGGCAAUAUCUCCGUCUCGAACGCGAGGGCCCUCCGAUCGAAGUAUUGAAGGCGGCCAAAGCCCUAGUCAAGGAGGAAGGCCUCAAUCCCUACCAUGCCGUACACCUGCACAUGAAACUGGCCGAAAUCCCCGAAAUUGGGAUUUACCAUGCCAAAGAGGGCGUCAGAAUUCUCACACAGCUGAGAGAGACCGAUGACAGUAAAUCCAUCAUUAUGGAGUUGGAGGAGGCAACAAAAAUCAUGGAAGAAAGGCAAAAGGUCGAGGAGGUCCAGUUGGAGAAUUACAAAACAAUGUAA